UAGAAAGCUAGAAACAGAGAGAUUCCACAAACAUUCCUCUUUAACAACCAAGUUUCUCUCGCCCGUGACUUUGGUGAGAGAGAGAGAAUGGCGGCCCCACAGAAGCCGUGGAAAGCAGAAUAUGCGAAGUCAGCGAGAUCGUCAUGCAAAACCUGCAAGAACAACAUCGGCAAGGAGGUGCUGAGGCUGGGGAAAAUGGUGCAGGCCACCCAAUUCGACGGCUUUAUGCCUAUUAUAAUUCCAUCAGCAGAGUCGUCUUAGGAAGUACCUUACUUGACGGCAAGAUGUGGAACCAUGCGGCUUGCAUAUUGAAGAAGAAGAACCAGAUUAAAUCCAUUGAUGAUGUUGAAGGCAUAGAAUUACUACGUUGGGACGAUCAGCAGCAAAUUAGAAUGUAUGUGGAGGGUGCUGGUGCUGGUGCCUCUGGCUCAAAUGCUGUCCCUGCAACCGAACUUGGUAUUGAAGUUUCGCAAACUAAUCGUGCUACUUGUAAGCUUUGCAGCCAAAAGAUUAUGAAAGGGGAGGUUCGUAUAUCUUCCAAGCCAGAAGGUCAAGGACCAAGGGGGUUGGCAUGGCACCAUGCUAACUGCUUCAUGGAAUCAUCUCCGUUAACCCAAGUUGAGAAGUUGUCUGGAUGGGGCAGCCUCCCAGUUUCUGACCAGGAAGCUGUUUGUUCCCUGGUGAAGAAGGUUUCUCCUACUGUAGAGAGUGGUACAAAAGUUACUGUUCAAGAGUUAGAGAAGCGACAAUCAACUUCCAGUCUAGGCACCAAACGUGCAAAAGAUGCUGGUGGUGAUAAGAGGUCAAAAGUUGCUAAGUCUGAAGGAGAUAUAUCAACAAGUAGGACUGCAUCCAUUAAGAAUGCUAAUGCUAUGUUAGAUGAACGUCCAAAAGUAUCUGAUUGUGGAAGUAAACUAGAGGCCCAAACCAAGGAGAUUUGGGAUUUAAAGGAUGACCUCAAAAAGCAUGUCACAACAGCAGAGUUGCGGGAAAUGCUUGAAGCCAAUGUUCAAGAAUCAACUGGAUCAGAACUUGAUUUGCGUGACCGCUGUGCUGAUGGGAUGAUGUUUGGAGCACUCGGUCGCUGCCCAACUUGUUCUGGUUCUCUUCGUUAUUCUGGGGGCAUGUAUCGGUGCCAUGGCUAUGCUUCAGCCUGGAGCAAGUGUUCUUACUCAACUUGUGAACCAGUGCGUAUCAAAGGCAAGUGGAAGGUUCCAGCAGAAACAGAGAAUCAUUAUCUGAGUCAGUGGUUUAAAUCGCAGACGGUCAAGAAACCUGUUCGGAUACUUCCUCCUCCAUCAUCAUACAAUGCUACUGACAGCCAAGCUGCUGACGUCCUAUCACAGUCUUCAAAGGGUGAAAGCUUGGGAGAUUUGAAAGUUGCUUGCGCUGGAUUACCGAAAGAAUCCAUGGAAGAAUGGAAAACCAAAAUCGAGGGAGCAGGUGGACAAAUUCACACAAAGAUGAAGAAAGACACCAACUGCUUAGUUUUGGGUGAAGUUUUGGGUAAUCAGGAUGCUGAGAAAAGGAAGGCAAGGAGGAUGAAAUUACCUAUCGUUAGGGAGGAUUACCUCAUUGACUGUUUCAAAAGACAGAAGAAGCUUCCUUUUGAUCUUUACAAAAUUGAAGCCAUUGAUGAGGCCUCUAGCAUGGUCACUGUCAAAGUCAAAGGACGAAGUGCUGUGCAUGAAGCUUCGGGUUUACAGGAUUUAGGUCAUAUCCUUGAGGAUGGGAAAAGCGUAUACAACACAACUAUGAACAUGUCUGACUUAUCAACUGGUGUUAACAGUUACUACAUCCUUCAAAUAAUUCAAGAAGAUGGUGGGUCAGCUUGUUAUGUGUUUCGCAAAUGGGGUCGAGUGGGGAAUGAAAAAAUUGGAGGGAACAAACUGGAGGAUAUGUCAAAAACAGAUGCUAUCUGUGAAUUCAAACGCUUAUUCCUCGAAAAGACUGGGAAUUCGUGGGAAGCAUGGGAACAAAAGCAAAAUUUUCAUAAGCAGCCUGGCAGAUUCUUUCCGCUGGAUAUUGACUACGGAGUUAACAAGCAGGUUUCAAAUAAGAAUUGGACUGAUGCAGUCAGCCAACUUGCUCCUCCUUUGCUUGAAUUGAUGAAGAUGCUCUUUAAUGUGGAAACAUACAGAGCUGCUAUGAUGGAAUUUGAGAUUAAUAUGUCAGAAAUGCCACUUGGAAAACUGAGCAAAAAUAACAUCCAGAAGGGUUUUGAAGCAUUGACAGAGAUACAGAAUUUGUUAAAUUGCAAUGCUAACAAUCCUUCUGUCAAAGAGAGCUUGAUCAUUGACGCCAGUAAUAGGUUUUUCACUGUGAUUCCAUCCAUACAUCCUCAUGUUAUUAGAGAUGAAGAUGACUUUAAAUCCAAGGUGAAAAUGUUGGAAGCUCUCCAGGAUAUCGAAAUAGCUUCCAGAUUGGUGGGCUUUGAUGUUGAUAAUGGUGACUCCCUGGAUGAGAAGUAUAAGAAGCUGCAUUGUCAUAUGACUCCACUUCCUCAUGAUUGUGAAGAGUAUAUACUGAUUGAGAAAUACCUCCUUUCUACUCAUGCCCCGACACAUACGGAAUGGAGUCUUGAACUGGAAGAAGUUUUUUCACUAGAAAGAGAAGGGGAGUUUGAUAGGUUUGCUCCCUACCGUGAAAAGCUUAAGAACAAAAUGCUGCUAUGGCAUGGAUCUCGUUUGACAAACUUUGUCGGGAUACUUAACCAAGGAUUGAGAAUAGCUCCACCUGAAGCUCCUGCAACUGGCUAUAUGUUUGGCAAAGGGAUUUACUUUGCGGAUCUGGUUAGUAAGAGCGCCCAGUAUUGCUACACCGAUAAGAAAAAUCCUGUUGGCCUGAUGCUUUUAAGUGAAGUUGCCUUGGGGGAGGUCCAUGAGCUUACAAAGGCCGAGUAUAUGGAUAGACCUCCAAAAGGAAAGCAUUCCACAAAAGGGCUUGGUAAGAAGAUACCUCUGGAGUCAGAAUAUGUGAAGUGGAAAGAUGACAUUAUUGUUCCAUGUGGCAAACCGGUGACGUCUAAAAUCAGAGCCUCAGAGCUGAUGUAUAACGAGUACAUUGUCUAUAAUACAGCUCAAGUUAAGAUGCAGUUCUUGUUGAAGGUCAGGUUUCACCACAAGAGGAGACAAGGGAUGUAAGGAUGCUUUUGGGGGACAAGUAAUGGCAUUGUAAGGAUGCUUUUGGGGGACCAGUAAUGGCAUUGUCUGAUUGAAGGUUUUGUGUUGCAUUUCAGACUAUGAGAAUUUGAGUCCCAUUAAGGUCUCACAUUUUGGGGUUUAGUGGAGCACGGGAGUUGUUUACCUUUACGUUUCAUCUAGUGCAUUUGCCUAUGUAAAUUAUAUCUACAAAGCACUUAACUAUUUUCCACCAAUUAACAUAUUAUAGCCCUUCGUUA